CAGGAUUCAGGAGUGAAGCUGCUGUGUGGUUUUCUGGAGAGUCCACACUGUAGACUGGAGACUCUGAGAUUGAGUGGCUGCAGGUUGUCAGAGAUCAGCUGUUCUUCUCUGGUCUCAGCUCUGAAGUCCAACCCCUCCCAUCUGAGAGAGCUGGACCUGAGUGACAACAAGCUGCAGGAUCCAGGAGUGAAGCUGCUCUCGUAUCAUAAAGAGAGUCCACACUACAGACUGGAGACUCUGAGCAUCGAUGCAGCUGAGAAAUCAUUGGGUGAGUUUAACUUUAGAUGUCUUCCUGGACUUUCGACAAUCAUUCUGAGUACGAAGGAAGGAUUUCGUGGCGCCUAGCAGUGUAGUUGCAGAUUGACACCCCCUCACUUCACCCUCCACUUCCAAACAGGAAGGCUCAUGGAGAGCGUGCUGGAGAGGACAAACCGAAAGAAAACCUGCCAGAAGACAACGAAAAGACUCCUUCACCCUUCUCACCUGAAGUGAUACCAAAAAAAUAUGGAUCCGAGUACAGGUUCAUGUGUCCUGGUCCAGGCCUGUACCAGUGCACUCUGACUGGACUGGUGUUCGAUAUGGCUCAGAAGGCGGAGCUGCGCUACCGGACUGUCCUAUGGGACGAAAGCCAACUCAAAUCAGCUCAUAAGAUGGCUGCAGGGCCGCUGUUCAACAUCCAGUGCUCAGAUGAUGCUGUCCGCCAGCUCCGCCUCCCACACUGUGAAACAAAGGAGGGGUUGCUUGUCCGUGGCCUGUUGUCGGUCGUCCACGUCACUGAUGAUGGGAUGAGCAUCUUGGAGCCGCUGGAGAUUACCGACACGCAUGUGGUUGUGAAUACCCUUCACUUGUCCGCCUUCGGUCUGGUCUGGGAUAUUAUUAAAAGGCUUUUUUACACAAAAAUAAACGGACAGGUCCUGCUGUUCCUUCGACCCCUGUACAGCAAGUCGGAGCAUCAAAUUCUCGAUGUGUUUGUGCUGCCGGACAACAUCCCUGUGCAUGAGGUUGCAGACCAACAAGAAGAUGCCGAGUACAUCAGGAUCUCUGCCGACUGUCAUCUCAGGGUGGAUGAAACUUACAGUGUCCACUGUGAACCCGAGGCCUUCAUCAUACAGCCUGAGAGUGCACCAUUUCGCUCAAAGCCUGGACCAAAUUACCAUCCAACAUUUGAAGUUUUCCUGACUACAGAUGUGGGGAAGGUGACUUUGAUGGUCCGUGACAAAAACAGGACAGAAGUCUGGAAACGUAAUGUGUAUCUGAAAGGUCCAAUUUGGGAACUUCAGCAGAGGAAUCUCCCAGCUGAGGACAGGCUGCUCUUAAUCAGGAGACAGUUUGUUAAAAGAGUGACUGAACCUGUCCUGCACCAACUUCUGGACAAACUUCUUGAGUGUCACAUUAUAAAUGAUGAAGAAAGGCAGUCGGUCACAAAAAAAGUCAAAGCAGAAAAAGCACGAGACAUUAUCGACAUGGUGAGAAGCAAGGGAACUAAAGCCAUCUCGAGCUUUAUCCGUGCACUCUGUCAGGAGGAUAAAUGCCUUUCCUCAGAGCUGAACUUAUGCUGAAGCAAAAGCAACUUAAAACCUGGACUACACUAGAUGGACGUUGAGCAAGAGAAGCAUUUUAUUAAGAGGUUGUGUCUGCAAACAUGAACUAAAACAGACAGAUGCCGAGACUGUUGUAUUAAAGAAAUACAGACAAUUUAAAUUGUCGUCAAACCUUUUAAAGCCAAAGCCAAAGAAGAACCAAGCAGGUGCUGAUCUUAAAGUUCUGGAUGAAGUUCUCAAAUAAGUAACCUGAACCAACGUAACUCUGUGUUACGCCUUCCAAAAAUAAAGCCGAAAUUCCAGCGGGAACGUCAUCUGCUCAUCUUCACAUCUCACCGAGUUUCAGGGGUGGAAGGUGAGGAGUUAUAACCUAUUAAUUAGCUACAAAAUACACAACAUUACAUUCCAGGCCUUUUCAUUGUUUGUUUAGUCCUCAUACAAAGGAUCUGUGGUGUUUCUCCACUGUCAAAUGUCCCCAUGUACCAAGGCUGAGUCCUCGCUGCAGUGGCCCAGGGUUUGAAUUCGACCUGUGGGCCUUUGCUACGUGUCAUCCCCCUGCUCUCUACCUACUUCCUGUCACUUUUCAGCUGUCACUUCUGUUAACACUAGUGUGAAAUUCAGUUCAAUUCAAUUAAGUGAAAUUAAUUUUAUUUUGAAAAAUGUGGACCAUGACUGUUCGACCAUCCAGAACGCAUCGAAAAAGGUUUUCAACUCAUGGGAACAUGCCAUGUCGUCUUUGUUUCAAUCUAAUCACAUCUUUUCAUCGAAUAUCUGUAUUUAUCUCUGUAAAGGUCUGUUUGCUGUAUCACAUCAGUGGCACAAACAAUGGUCGGAACAGCUUUUGUGUUUGAAGGGCCAGUGUGUAGGAUUUAGUGGCAUCUAGCUGUUAUAGAUCACAUCUCCCUCGCCUGAGGAAGUCGACCGGCUGCUUCUGCAGAUAGAAAUGUCUCAUUCUAAAGUGACAAAAACACAUUCUUAUUUUCAGGUGAUUAAUCACUAAUGAAAACACAGUUAUGCCGAUUUUAUUCCAUUCAUGCCGAUAGAUCCUCAUAAAUGUUACACACUGGACCUUUAGACUUCCUGUUUUAGUAUGAAAUAAAAUGGUGCACCAGUGGUUUUCAGUCUUUUAGGGGUUCAAACCUGCACGUUUUGUAAGAUUCUUUGUACUCCUGUGGAUUUUUAUACAUUACUUUUUAAUUAAUGUAAUUAAAGUUACCAACUGUAAUACCCUACAUACAUCAAACACCUUUAUGUUUUUGCAAGAAUUAAUAACAAAAAAGUUGUGUAUGGUUACAGUAAUAAAGAGCACAUGAUG